AUGUUACUCCCAGUGAUGCUGUUUUUGAUGGAAGCAGUCAGUGGUCAGCAACAGUCUGCAAUUGAUUCAUCAUGCAGCGAAUACACAAUUCCAUUCUCAUUUCAAAGUGAUAAAACUGGAAAUCCAACUCUGCUGUGUACUUCACCAGCUUGCUUCGACGAAAAGAGGUUAUAUGAAUUGAAACGUGAUGAUGUGAUUCCAGAAAUAGAAACCGAAACUAGGAGUUUGCUCGGUUCUAAGAAUCAUAUUCAUAAAGCACAGUGUCAUAACUACUAUCAGAACAUUAGCUGUACGGGAGAAAUACAGUGGACGGUUGGAUUACUUCUUGAAGAUGAUGGGAACAAUAUUAAAGCGAAAUGGAAAUGCUGUAAUUAUGAGGGUUUACGACACGCCAGAGCAAUGAAGACCGUGAUUGUUAAAGCUGAUGAAAGUUAUGCGGGCGGCGAAGUAUAUCAAGAUGGCCGCAGAGUGGCUUUUGAUCUAAUCAAGGAAGUAUAUCUCUUAUUCGACGAACAGCACAGGCCUCGCUACGAACUAAAAAUAAUGCGGUUAGCAUGUAUUCCGAAACCAGUAGAAAACAAAAAUAAAUUAUUAACUGAUAAGAAUCGUAAAUCAAACUCACCAACAAUGGAUGUUUCAUCAGAAUACGAUACCGAAGAAUAUAUUUUUACAAAUCAACAACACAAAAAAUACUCGAAACCAAGAAGGUUAUCAACAAUUCUGGAAGAUGAUAAUUUCGAUGAUUUAUUCUUACCCAGACAUCGAAUGACCCAUCGCAGGAUGUUUUCACGCCGCAGAAGACCUUUCUACAGGCCUGUUGCUGAAGAUUAUGACUAUUACGAUUAUGAUCCUGUGAUUCUCAAGCGUCCAUCGGUGCAUCGCAGGAUAAUUGCGGACGGAUUAUGGCCGAUUAACUUAGGCAUGGUAGGACGCAAUCGUCCUGUUGUAGCUGCUGCAGCUGCAUCUCCAAGUCUUUAUGAGUUCACACCAUCGAAUGCAAUUGAGGGUGACUAUCACCAGUUUGUCGACAGUGAUAGCACAGUAAAUCCUAUUACUUCUGCCCAAGCAGAAGUUUACAAUCAACUAUCAGCUACUCAAACAGUCGAGCAAUUGUUGCCGACAUAUUCUAGUUUGCAAUAUCUACCUCAAAGAGCUGAAAUAUCAUCAGAGCCAAAAACUAUAGUCUCUGCACAGCGGGCUGUGCCUACAUACAGUGGCGGUAAUGUACCGUACUAUAAUGGUUACUUUGAAACGCUGCAGUGCUUUAGCGGAGAUACAACCGUGCAAACGCCGGACCAAAUAAAACGGAUUGACGAAUUACAAGUUGGAGACCAAGUCUUAUCGAUUGAAGAAUCGUUGAUUUCUUACUCACCAGUGGUGAUGUUUUUGCACCGAUCCGAUAAUGAAUCAGCAAUUUUCAUUAAGAUUACUUUGGAAAAUGGUGAGAUAAUAAAAUUAACUGAUUAUCACUUAUUAUAUGUUACCAGCUGUGCGGUAGGAGAAAAUCUACGUUUGAUAUUUGCAAAAGAUGUUCAGUUAGGACACUGUUUGCAUGUUGUCAAGAAUCAAUCAAAUAAUUUAGUGCCUGUUGAAGUUUCGAACAUCCAGCGGCUGACUGGAAAAGGAUUUUAUGCGCCUCUUACUGCAAACGGAGAUAUUAUCGUAAAUUCAAUACUAUCAUCUUGUCAUAGUAAUGUAGCAGUACAAACCUUACAACAGUCGAUAUUCAACUUCCUACGAAAAUUCCGAUAUCUGAUAUCUACUGAUCAGAACACAGAUGGUUUACUACCAGGCAUCCAAUUUCUUACGCAAAUUUCAGACCUCUUUUUGCCAUAUAGCAUUGUUUAG